ACGACCUGGGGCGCGGGGACAACUCAGAACCGGUAUGAACUGCAAAAGUAUCGUACUAGUAUCAGAAUCAGUCGCAUGCUGUUGACAAAUUUUCUCAGCAUGAGAAACGAAAUUUGUGAUGCGUGCUCACCUCAAGAAGGGAGGAGAGUUCUUGUAAUGCAUGACUACGAUUACUACGAGAACGAUACUUUUGCAGAGGAUAGCCGGGCGUCAACGGGAAAACGUCGAAGACCACCGGUAACGCUGGGGCGCGGAUUGGUUGCGGAGAAAUCAAGUAUGGUUGAAGUUCUUGUGCUAUCCUGUGCAAAUAAAGUUUCGUGCUCGUAGUAAUUCAUUGCAGUCAUGCAUUACACAUAUUUUUCCUAAGGUAAAUCCGCAUGACAAAUUUGAUUUCUCAUGCUGAGGAAAUAAUUUGCAAUGCAUUUAUACGAGUACGAUAGGAUUUUGCAAUGCAUAUGUCCUGGAGAGUGUCUUGAUAAAAACCAGCACAUGCGUACUAUCGAUAAUAUCGUCGUUGAAGAUCAGCCACGCAGUAAAUCAUAACGGGAGACGCUGUAGUAGCUUUGUCUUUGUGUUAACACUCACACUAAGAAGAGCUGCCUUCAACAUGAUAGACGUAGAAGUUGUAUCCGAAAGAACAAGAAGCUACAACGUCACAGUUUACGGUAGAAGAAGCCGUCGCGACGGCGAACAGAUCAGCAUAACAAUGAUCUUCACAGCAUCAAUAAGGCUGGUGCGCGAAGGUCUUGUAUUUGUAACAUGUGCUCCCCGGGACCACAGAAAGUCCAAGGCCAAGGGUAGGUGUAGUCUACUGGUGCUCUCAUCUCUUCAGAAAAAGAUGUUGUCGCGGCGGAGUGGUGAGAUCAUGAAUGAUGGUACUAAGCGUAUUAUCCUGCAAACGGAAGUUGAUGUCGCUCGUAGUACAGGGCGAAAAUUGGCUCCAGCCUGCAGUCGCUUGUGGAUGCCAUAUACUAGAAAUACUACAUUGAAUUUGAAAAUUGAGGCAUCUCUACCAACCGCGUCGCCAACUGUGCUCUGUGUAGACCCGAGCCAGCAUCAUGCCUGUAGUUCAACAGUUCUUGACAACCAACAUGCGACGACUAGAAAUAAUGCAAAAAUAAACUGCUACAACGCCGCGGCCAGCACAAGAAAAAUCUUCUACGGUGCGGACGUCCUAGUCCAACAGCACAACGUCAACGCGAUUUGUAACGACCUCGUGAAUAACAAUAACUACGUCGAUCAGUAG